AUCGCUUCAACAUUUUACACUGAAAUUGAGUUUAGACGUUUGUACUUCCAGUUCACUGGCCGUAACGUCUGUAUGCUUUCGCCAGACUUGGAGGUGUUUCGUGUAGCCUCCUCUUCUUCUCACUAAAUACGCUCCUUCAAAGAAUUCUCAUCGGACGUCACAGUAGAAGAUCUUCAUUCUGAGAAGCACGAUCUUCCCAGGUUAAACAGGAGUCGGAGUCAGAAAUGCCGUACAUCCAACAGGUGGCAGAGUCAGAGAACUCCUGCAUGGAAGAAGUACAGAAAGAUGAAAUUACGUUUCCAGCGACUAUCAGUGUGAAGAGUGAGGAAGAUGAAGGUCCGAACAAAGCAAGCAGAGCAAGAAAACCUUCGGGCGACAGAUCAUUUCAACACCCGACAACAAAAGGUGAAGGACGAUCACAACCGGAGGGCCUCUUGGCUCCGCUCUCGGACAGCGACGACGUAACAUCAUACUCUUCUGACACUGAUGAGGAGGAUGUUGACUUUGACCCAAAUGCUUUGAAAUCCUUAAAAAAGUCAACAUUGAAAAGAAACCCAAAAGAAUGUGUGGGUGAGAAACCUUAUGCCUGCUUACUUUGCGACAAAAUAUUUUGUACGAAGCGAGUGUUGACAACACACAUGAGAAGACACACUGGAGAGAAACCCUUUGCCUGCUCCCUUUGCGAUAAACGCUUUUGUCGGAAGGACCAGUUAACAACACACACACGCAAGCACACUGGAGAAAAGCCUUUUCAGUGCUCGCUUUGUGGUAAAAGAUUCACCGAGAAGGGAACGUUAGACAGACAUGAAAGAACACACACUGGAGAGAAGCCUUUUACCUGCUCUCUUUGCGAUAAAAGAUUUUGGGAGAAGCAACAAUUAACAAUACACAUGCAUACACACACCCAGCAGAAACCUUUUGCCUGCACAUUUUGUGGCAAACCAUUCAUCAACAAGGGAAAUUUAAAAAAACAUACGCGAACCCACACAGGAGAAAAGCCUUUCGCCUGCUCACUUUGCGAUAAAAGAUUUAGUCUGAAGCAACAGUUAAAAAGACAUAUGAGUACACACACAGGAGAAAAGCGAUUCGUCUGCUCGCUUUGCAAUAAAAGAUUUUAUACCAAGCUAGAGUUGACGACACACACGAGAAGACACACUGGAGAAAAACCUUUUCCCUGCUCAGUUUGUGAGAAAAGAUUCAUCGUGAAAGGGGAGUUAAUCAAGCACGAAAGAACCCACACUGGAGAGAAAUCUUUUGCCUGCUCACUUUGCGAUAAACGAUUUUCUUUGAAGGACCAGUUAAUAGCACACACGCGUAAGCACACUGGAGAAGAGCCUUUCUCCUGCGCGGUUUGCGGUAAAAGAUUCACGGAGAAGAGAACGUUAGACAGACACGAAAGAACACACACUGGAGAGAAGCCCUUUGCCUGCUCUCUUUGCAAUAAAAGAUUUUUGCUGAAGCAACAGUUAACAAUACACAUGCGUACGCACACCAAGGAGAAACCUUUUGCCUGCACAUUUUGUGGUAAAAGUUUCAACGAAAAGGGAAACUUAAACAAACAUACAAGAACGCACACCGGAGAGAAGCCUUUCGCCUGUUUACUUUGCGAUAAAAGAUUUUGUCUGAAGCACCAGUUAACAAAACAUAUGGGUACGCACACCAGAGAAAAACCUGAGAAUUGCAGCGUGUGACAAUAUAGUCUGAUUUCUGACACACUUUUACAGAGAAAAAUGCAUUUAAAUUUCCCUUGGGUCUGCUUUGAAAAAGUUUUUUUUUUUAAUGUUUUUUUUUUUUAAAUCCUGUUAUUUUUCAGAGCUAUUCAAUAUUCUUGAUUCCAUACACUUUUGAUUCUUUCUGUUUAGGUUGUUCCAUAUUUUAUAUUGUUGGCUAUUGUUCUGCUUUUACUUCUAAAUAUUGGCAUUUGAAAUAUAAAUUCGAGAUACGAAAGCUUUGUUACCUGGUAAAUUCAUUUUACAAAAAGUUGUUUUGAAGUCUUUUCACUUCAUAAUACGAUAAAAAAUCAGCCAUCAUCCGAAAGAUAGUAUUUACUGCAGUAGAUAAUUCCUGCAAUAAUGUAACUACUGUGCUGUUGAUUUCUUCUAAUAAGCAGACGAGAUUUGAAAAUCAUGCUCAAAAGUUUCAUUUUCACUCAAGUCGCUUGGCCCCAUGGAUAGUCCUGGUGCACGCUGGGUAAUAGAAUUCUAACUCCUAAAAACACAACUACAUUUGACUAUAAAUGUAAACAAACCAACGCCCCAAGUAUAUGAAGCAAAAGAAUAUGACAUUGUCAAGGCACAAACAUCGAGAUGUAAUAGCAAGCAAUGGCUGCCACUGUUAAGCCGUCUUUUAGCACUCCGUGUUUCCUGUGUGCUUGAGUGGUCAUGUCAUAACAUCUGUAAAAUGUGCCUAACACACUAAUUAUACUUAAACGCCACUAGGAGUCGACGAAACAUUCCAAAUAAAGACAGACAAUAAGAGGACACGACAAAAAAUUAAAUUUGGUAUUUUUCUUAGAGCAAAUUGUGCGGUUAACAUGUAAAACGCAAUUCAUUAUAAAUAGAAAUGUGAUACAAAAGCCAUUCCAGAACGAAUUUCAAAUCUUGAGGUACUUUGAUGCUCCCUUUUCCUUUGUUAUUUUUGUUUGUUUUCCAACAUUGUUUGAAUAGUUUUAGUGAAAAUAUCUUGUGUGUUUGUAACAUUUUGAAAUCUGCUUCAUUGUAGAAUUG